AUGCAUGAUCUUAUGCAUGAUUUGGCCAAGUUUGUAGCCAAAGAAUACUCUUUACAGCUAGUAGAUGGCAGCUCAAGUCAAACUAUAAAGAAGACGAGGCAUCUUUCUUAUGUUACAAGAGGCACUGAUCCUUAUAAGAGAUUUGACUAUGUUUUAAAAGCAACUAAUUUGCGCACCUUUCUACCAGUACGUCAAAUUAAUUCUGCAUGUUCUUCUAAAACAUCUGAUAAAGUAGUACAUGACUUGUUGUUGGAGUUGAGGUGUUUGAGAGUCCUUUCUCUGUCUGGAUAUUCAAAUGUUGAGCAGUUGCCUAGUUCAAUUGGUGAUGUACUAAAACAUCUUCGCUUUCUAGACCUCUCGCACACUCGCAUCAGAAUAUUGCCGGAGUCGAUAAGCAAGUUGUACAAUUUACAAACACUGAACUUAAAUUCAUGUUGGAGUCUCGAAAAGCUGCCUAAGUAUAUGCAUAGUCUCAUAAACUUGAGAUAUCUUAACUUAGCUUACUGCAUAAGACUAGCAGAGACGCCAAGACAAAUAAGUAAAUUGAAAAGCCUGCGAGUAUUGACAACAUUCAUGGUGGGAAAAGAGAGUGGGGCCAAGAUAGGAGAACUGAGGGAACUUUCGUAUCUUCGGGGCGAACUUCAUAUCAUGAAAUUAGAGAAUGUUGCAGAUACUAAGGAUGCAUGGGACCAGGCUAAAUUGAUUAACAAGAAGCAUAUUGAGUCACUAAAGUUGGAAUGGACUGAUGGUAUCAAUGAUUAUUCAACACACGCAAGGGAUGUACUUGACAUGCUAUUACCCAAUAGAACCUUAAAGAAGCUCAAGAUUUGUCGAUAUUCAAGAGAACGAUUUCCAAAUUGGUCUAGAGGAGAUUCAUUGGUAAAAAUAGUCUUUCUAGAGCUUUCUCGAUGCAAAUUUUGCUCGUCAUUACCACCACUUUGUCAACUACCCUCCCUUAAAACUCUCUACAUUUCAGGAUUUGAUGCAGUAGUGACUAUGGGACCGGAGUUUUAUGGGGAUAGUUCUGUUGUCAAGCCAUUUUCAUCAUUAAAAAGCUAG